AUGAUGGACGACUCUAUACAGUCGGCGACAUGUUUGGUGGCUGUGUCAGAAGCUAAGUCGUCUAAAGGUAUACCCGAAGCGCGGGCAGUCUUAAGGUGUAGCAGGCCAUUCUUUUCGUACAAGCGCAGGAACUUGGGCACAGGUAUAGAUGUUUUUAAUGCGAUGAGCUUAAGCGUGGCGGCUUCGUUUUAG